CGUAAAAAAAAAAAAAAGAGAAAAGGUUGCAGAUUGAUGGCAGCCAUGGAGUUGAAAUGCUCGGACAUAAGCUCAUGGAAGGCGGCUCUGUCGUCCUACAAGUCCAGCAUCGAAUCCCUAAACAAACCAAACCUUAUUUCCCUCGACGAUUUCUACAGGAACGAGCUUCCGGUACUGGUAAAGCAGAGGAACCCUACUCCAUAUAUAACGACUGAUGAACUCUCAAAAUUAAUGCAGUGGAAGCUGAGCAGGGGCAAAUGGAGGCCCAGGCUGCUGGACUUCGUUUCUUCGCUGAACGACGACGUUGUCAAAUCAGCCUCGCGAAAAGCGUUCGAGUCGUUGCCGGACGUUUCUAAAGCUGUUAAGGAGCUCACCGUCUUGAAAGGCGUGGGCCCCGCCACUGCCUCCGCUAUUCUCGCUGCCUAUGCUCCUCAUAUUACUCCAUUCAUGUCCGACGAGGCGAUGGAAGCAGCAAUUGGUAACACGAAGGACUAUACAUUGAAGAGUUAUCUAGUUUUUGUGGAGAAGUUACAAGCCAAGGCAAUGGAACUUUCGAGCGAGGAGGACCUAUUCACACCAUCAGAUGUUGAGAGGGCUUUGUGGAGUGCUUCUGUAGCUGCCAAGUCAAAAGCUUUAUCAUCAAAGCCUGCUGAGGUUGACUUAGACAAGAAUUCCAAAAGAAAGAGAAAGCGGUGAUUGGAAACUAACUAGUCCGAUUCUGGCACUAACUAGCACAUAAGUUAAUUCUUGCACUGCGUUAUACCCAAGUAACUCUAGUAAUGUGCAGCUUGGGUUUUCUUCCCCAUGGAAUAUGUCUAUUGCAAGACAAUUUUUGGUACAGUUUGGUCUAUCUUGCUCUGCCUCAGGUUGACAUCAUGGUCUUGGACUCAUUCCUGUGCAGUCUUCUAAUAUGAGAAACCUGACCAAUGCUCAUAAAUCUACUGCUAAUUUCUGUGGUCUCU